CGCGUCGUCGCCAACUCACAAAAAAGGAACAUUCCGUCCCAAAACGCACGCGAACUGACCCACGCUGAAACGGCCUGACCGAAAGACGACGUCAGAUCCAGCCGUGGAUAGCCGUGGUUUCAUCCUCGAUUACAAAGAGGAAGACUCGCUGGCCCCUUCAAUUCCGGGACGAGAUUGAUCGAUACCGACAAACGCUCAGUCGCUGAACUCACCGUCGGCAUCAUGGCCCUCACUGAAGUGAAUGACGGCUCUGCCAUCACAAGCAUCCUCCUCCGCUACGCCUUUUGGGCGGUCCCAAUCCUUCUCACCGCCCAGAUCGCCCUUUUCCUGUACAAAACCCUGACCUCUCCACUUCGCGGUGUCCCUGGUCCCUUCGCCGCACGCUUCGGCCGCUUCUAUUACUUCUGGCGCGUCGCUCAAGGCCACUGGGAACGUGAUGACCUGGCCCUACACAAGCAAUACGGGCCCGUCGUCCGCGUUGGCCAGGACAUGUACAGCAUUGACCACCCGGAAGUGGUCAAGAAGGUGUACAACAUCAACUCCAAAUUCCCCAAAAGUGACUGGUAUUAUGCAUGGCAGCAUCCCGACCCAAACCGCUGGACCCUGUUCCCGGACAGGGAUAUGAAAAGGCAUGCAGACACCCGGAAGAGGUUUCAGGCAAUGUACUCCAUGUCGAGUUUGGUCAACUAUGAGUCCUACGUAGACUCAUGCGCAGAGAUUUUUGGGCGGAGACUGUCCGAGUUUGCCGCCAAAGGCCAGACCAUCGACAUGGCACAUUGGUUCCAAUGCUAUGCUUUCGACGUGAUUGGCGACAUUACGUACUCUCAAAGAUUCGGCUUUUUGGAUAAAGGAGAGGAUAUUUCGGGAUUGCUGAAGGCCCUCCACAGUGUUUUGCAAUACGGUGCCCUUGUGGGUGUCUACGCCAAAUGGCAUCCCCUCAUCUUCAACCUUUCGAGUCGUCUCGGUAUUGGCGGCGGUGAAGGUCGAGUGUGGCUGAUGAAGUAUGUCAGCGAGAGGAUCAAGCAGCGCGAGGAAGAGAAGAAAUCCGGAGUCGAUGUCGAGAAAAUUGGCGAAAGGAACGAAAAUGCACCAAUGGACUUUCUGGAGAAAUUGCUCGUGGCGAAUCAGCAUGAUCCGGAAAAGGUGACCCCAUAUCAUGUAUUCAUGAUGGGUUUAUCGAAUAUCAUAGCUGGUUCCGACACGACCGCGGUGAGCUUGUCAUCGAUCCUAUAUAACCUGCUCAGGUAUCCCGACACGAUGCGAAAGCUCCGAGAGGAAAUCCAGGAAUUCGAGGACCAAGGUAGAUGUGGCAACCCGGCCGUCUCGUUCAAAGAAAGCCAGGAGAUGCCCUAUCUGCAAGCGGUGAUGAAAGAAGCACUGAGAAUGCACGCUGCCACGGGUUUGCCAUUGUGGAGAGUGGUUCCUGAAGGUGGCGUAGAGAUUUGCGGUCAAUUCUUCCCGGAAGGCACCACUAUUGGACUUAACAGUUGGUGCGCUCACUAUAACGAGGACGUCUGGGGACCAGAUGCAAAACGAUUCCGACCGGAAAGAUGGAUCGAAGCCGAAAAAGAAGGCGGAGAAAAGUUGAGGAUGAUGGAUGCUUAUUACCUGCCAUUUGGCCUCGGGGCGAGAACGUGCAUAGGUCGUCACAUUUCAUUCUUGGAGAUGUCCAAGUUGAUCCCUCAACUCGUCAGAAGGUUCGACUUCGAACUGGAGCAUCCUGAGCGAGAGUGGGAUACCGUGAACUAUUGGUUCGUCAAACCAGUAGAUUUCCGGGUCAAGGUCAUGCUUCGAAAAGAGUAAUAAUGCCUUGACGCCAGGAAGGGACGGAUGAAAGAACCAGUGUGUGCUCGUUUCGGUAUACAAGGCCUUUUAUCCCUUUAUAUUGUCGCACACAAGCGUGGUCAAGCCACAUUGAACGCCACUGAUGUAUCCGACGCCCUUAGUCCGCACCAUUUGAAGUUCGUGGGCGAGCCUCAGGUGAUGGAUCCUGAC